AGGUCACAGAAGCAGUAGGUUAGAAGCCUGUGGAGGACCUGAGGAGUGCUAUCCUGGAGUCUGCCAGCCCAGCUGUUGAGAUGGAAGCCAGAGAUGGGCAAGGGGGUGAAGGAGACAAGCCACUAGAGAAGGUGGGGAGCGUUCCCUGCUUAGAGAGGAGCUCCAGCACCGUACCUGCCGGAGACGCUCUGGUCCGUCAUGCCAAGGGCCUGAGUCAGGACACCUUCAAAAUUUGUAAAGAAUACCUGAGGCCCCUGAAGAAGUUCCUGCGCAAGUUGAACCUGCCCAAGGACCUUCCGCAGAAGAAGCGGGUAAAGCGCAUGAAGCAGAGCCUGGAGGCCCUCGGGGACCACAUCAACACCUUUCUGCAGCACUACUGCCGAGCCUGGGAGAUGAAGCACUGGAAGAAGAUGCUCUGGCGAUUUGUGUCCCUCUUCUCAGAACUGGAAGCCAAGCAGCUUCGCCGGCUCUACAAGUAUACCAAAACCAACCAGACGGCCAAGUUCCUGGUCACACUCUGCCCGUUGGAUGCGCCAGAGAGAUCGUUGCUCGCCAGCCAGGAGGACAGUCUUCCCCGGCUCUGCAGUGCCUGGGGGUUGCAUGGAAAUAUCAGCGGCAUGAAGGAGAGGCUGUCGAAGAUGCAGGCCCCCGGCGAAGCCGUCAUCCUGCUGGAGGAACCCCGCUCCUCGCACCACUCCAGAGGAGAUUCUUUGAAGAAAUUUCCUCAAACACCAAAACUGAAGAAAAAGAGGAUUAAGGAAAGCCCAGAAACUCCCAAGAGCUACCCAUGAGAAGCCCCAUAGGGAUGGAUGCGGUUCUCCCUGGUGCCCUGAGCUCUUGCAUGUACGCUCUGGGAAGGAGGGGGUUGAAGUGGGUAAAGAAAGUUUACUUUAUGAAAGGGAUGCUUAAUUUUAAAUUAUAAAUAAAUGGGUUGGGAAAUAA